AUGGAAGGCUUUACAUGGACACUCGCCGUUUGUGCAUUGUUAGUUAUUGGAUCCACCGCAGAUGAAGAUUGCAAAGAUGAUUAUCUCUCUUGCGUUAUAUCCAAGGACAAGAAUAGUCUUUAUUGCAAUCAUGACUGGAUAAGACUAGGACUCCAUUGCGCGAAGAGCUGCGGCAGGUGUACUGCCAGCGAGCAGACGCCAACUGUCUGUGAGGACCAAUUUACGGAAUGUGCUCUAUAUAAAAGCUUGGGUGAAAUGGAUUGUGGCAGAUCGGCCGUUAAGGCGGCUUGCAGGAAAACAUGCAACGCUUGCGACCUUAGUGUUCCGAACAGGCGAGAACUCGAAGCGGUUGAACCGUAUCGUCCAGUUUGUAGGGACUUUGCAGGUCGUUGGUGUUCGCAAAAUAAGGAAAACAACCGUCUAAACUGUGGUGUGAGCUUCAUAAAAAGAAGAUGUGAAAAGAGCUGCGGGGUUUGUGAAGACACAGGAGAGACAUUGUGUGAGGACCAAAAAUACUAUUGCCCAAUGACUGCAUUCUCUGACAUGUGUGACGACGCAUCCAUUCAACAGCAGUGUCCUAAGAGCUGUGAUAUUUGCGGAAGUGGAUUUGCAGAUAAGAUCAGAAAAUUAUGUCGGGACUACAGUCAUGAAUGUGAUCGCCCGGGUGACUUUUGUUUCUCAAGGCUGAAUGCAAAGAAACUCUGCCCGAAGACAUGUGGAUUCUGUAACUUUGUUUAUGACGAAUGAAGUCCUCAGCUGCCCUUGAUAAACCAUCGUGAAAAUAUAAACAAUGAGCAACUAGAAGACUCCGACUUACUUACUUUUAAAGCAGCACUAGUUAUCGUUUAGUAAAAUGAAAUUAUUAUCAAACUAUAAAUUGAUCAGUUCAAUUAAAGGGAGAAUCAGAUCAUUGUUUCGAUUUAAGACAAUUUUGGCGCAAGUCUUUCCUUGACAUGUUUAUUUUCCUAAAAAUCCACAAAUUGCAUACAUUAUUUCGGCAAAACUAAAGAUUAU